CCGCAACACGCACGCCGCGCGUGCCCGCCUGCCCCGCCCCCGGUUGCUAUAAAGGGAAGGCGGGCUGUGCCCUCCGCAAGCUCUGUCCGGCGUUUUGGAUCCACUUUCAUCGGUCUUUACGGUUGCUUGUCAGACCCCAGCCGCCAAAAUGGUGAAGCAGAUCGAGAGCAAGUAUGCUUUUCAGGAAGCCCUGAACGGUGCAGGGGAUAAACUUGUAGUAGUUGACUUCUCGGCCACGUGGUGUGGGCCUUGCAAAAUGAUCAAGCCUUUCUUUCAUUCCCUCUCUGAGAAGUACUCCAAUGUGGUGUUCCUUGAAGUAGACGUGGAUGACUGUCAGGAUGUUGCUUCAGAGUGUGAAGUCAAAUGCAUGCCAACCUUCCAGUUUUUUAAAAAGGGACAGAAGGUGGGUGAAUUUUCUGGAGCUAAUAAGGAAAAACUUGAAGCCACCAUAAAUGAAUUAAUCUAAUUAUGUUUUCUGAAAACAUAACCAGCACUUGGCUGUUGAAAACUUGUAAUUUUUUUUAUUUACAAAAAGGAAAGAUCAAGUAGGAAGACUAUAUGCAACUUCCAUCUGAUUAUAAGUGACAAUAAAAUAUUAAUUCUACCCUUUUUAAAA